UCACUCCGUCUUCCACGAAGGCUUAGUCCUCCAAACAAAAGUCUUCAUUUCUUCUUCUUCUUCUUCUUCUUCCCCGCUUCUUCCCCGCUUCUUCCCCGUAAAAACCCUCUGCUUUUCUCUUUGUUUAUAACCGGUCGUUCUCCCUAAUAUUUUACUAGCUAGUCUUCGUCAGAGCUUCGGACCAGACAGAAAUGAAGAAGGUGGUACUGAAACUUGAUUUGCACGAUGACAAGGAGAAGCAGAAGGCGUUGAAAGCAGUGUCUGGCCUUUCUGGCAUUGAUUCCAUUGCUAUGGACAUGAAAGAGAGGAAGUUAACUGUGACUGGCAAUAUUGAUCCGGUUGAUGUGGUGAACAAGUUGCGGAAAGGUAACUGGCACACUGAGAUUUUGACAGUUGGGCCGGCGAAAGAAGAGAAGAAGGAUGAUAAGAAAGAUGGAGGAGCUAAGAAAGAUGAUGGCAAGAAAGAUGAUGACAAGAAGAAGGACCCGAAUCAGCAAAUUGCUGAGCUUGUGCGAGCCUAUCAAAACUAUAAUCCGCAGAUGACGAGGUACUAUUAUGUGCAGAGCGCAGAAGAGAACCCAAAUGCUUGUGUUAUUUCUUAAUUAAUUGUGUCAUUUAGGACCAGUUAAUGAGGAUUUGGGAGCAGCUUAUAAAGCAAGACAGAUUAUAUAUGGUGGUGGUCUGUACAGUACAACUACAAUUAGCUUAAAUAAGUGUUUGAGAUUUAUCUGAGUUGCAGUUUUGCUGUUAAUGGUGUUGAUGUUGAUUAAGCUAAUCAACAUGAUCCCUCUUUUUUCAGAAUAAUGUUGUUGACAACUCCAUAUACCUAAUCUUCAUCAAAUUUAUGUUUUGUUUCGA